AUGUCUCUCCAAAUUCUGGAGGCUGUCUGCGCGUCGCACGACCCCCAGUGCGGCGGCGGCGGCGGCGGCGGCGACGGCGGCGGCGACCUCCACCCGGACCGUUGGCGGCAGGAGGAAGCCGCACGGCAGCUGCUCGCGGCCGCGGCGCCGUCAGACCUGCGGGAGCUUUCAUUAGUGGCGGAGGCGCUGCUGGCGGUGGUGACGUCAUCCCUGGCGGCCGCAGCCGAGGCAGGCGGCGGCGGCAGCUUCGCCGGCGGCGGCGGCGCGUCGCAGCAGCACCCGCAUGGGGCGGCUUGGGCCGAGGGCGGCGGCGGCGGCGGCGCGCCCGAGCGGCCGCUGCCCGACGCUUACGGCGUGCUGUACGACGAGGCGCUGAGCAGCUGCCGCGCAGCUGCCGUGGAGGACCUCCUCGCCGGCGGCGGCGACGGCGGCGCGGCGGCGCGGUACGCUAUGGCGCAGGGUGUCCUCUUGUUUCUGUCGCUGCCAUGGCCCGAGCUGGGCCCGGCCGGGCCCGGGCUGAGCAUAGAUGAACGCCUCAGAGUGCACCGCCUGCACGCCGCGGUGUGCGCCAGGGCGGCGGCAAGCGCCGCGGCCGCGGGCGCGGGGCGCGGCCCGUGA